AUGGACGCGAGUUGCCUUUUCAAAGCGCUUCUCGCCACCAACUGGGCCCUUUUUCUCUGGGACCAAUACAUCACGUGGCGGCAGUACAAGUGCGUUUUCUGUGAAUUUUAUUAAGACAUUUCGACUGUUUUCAGAGUGCAUCGAGAAGCAGAAAAACGGCCGAAUGAGGUGAAAGAACUGAUCAGUGAGGAGGAUUACAAGAAGGCGAGGGACUACAAAAUAGACAAUCACCAGUUCGCGUUCGCCCACAAUUGGUUCUCGCAGGCGCUGCUCACUGCUCAGCUCAUCGGCGGAUACUAUCCGUUCCUUUGGUACGCUACCGCCAACUACCCAUUCCACGUGGCAGUCUUCCUCUCCGUCAAUUCGGUCAUCGAGACGUUCAUCGAUCUUCCGUGGGACCUCUACUCCACGUUCAUCAUCGAAGAGGCACACGGAUUCAACAAGCAAACGAUCGGCUUCUAUCUGAUCGACAAAUUGAAGAAGAUGCUCGUCGGAUUCGUGCUCACCAUGCCGAUCGUCUACGGAAUCGAGUGGAUCGUCGUCAACGGCGGACCGUACUUCUUCGUCUACAUCUGGCUGUUCGUGUCCGUCGUCGUCCUCCUCCUCAUGACCAUCUAUCCGUCAUUCAUCGCUCCGCUCUUCGACAGAUACUUUCCGUUGCCCGAUGGAGAGCUCAAGACUAAAAUCGAGCAGUUGGCCGCCUCCCUCAGCUACCCACUCACAAAGUUGUACGUGGUGAACGGCUCCAAAAGAUCGGCUCAUUCCAACGCAUACAUGUACGGAUUCUGGAAGAACAAGCGCAUCGUGCUCUACGACACUCUAUUGAGUGGGUCCGAGAAAGAGAAGGUGCACGAGUUGUACGUGGAAGCGGGAGAGAAGAUCGAGGAGAGCGAGAACGACAAGAAGAGAGGAAUGAACAACGACGAAGUGGUGGCUGUGCUCGGGCACGAAUUGGGUCACUGGGCCCUCUGGCACACCCUCAUCAACCUGAUUAUCAGUGAGCAAAGCCUAAAAUUCGUUCCUAAAGAAGCCCUGUUUCAGCCGAAGUCAACCUUUUCUUCUCCUUCGCCGUAUUCGGUUACUUUUACAAGUGGGAAGCUCUUUAUCAGGUAACCGAAACUACUCGCGAACUCUCUUCAUCUCUGUCUUGCCAGGCAUUUGGCUUCACGGACACUCCGCCAGUCAUCGGAAUGAUGCUCAUCUUCCAGUACGUGCUCGCCCUUUACAACCAACUCGCCGGCAUCGGAAUGGUCAUUCACUCGCGUGCCGCCGAGUUCGGAGCCGAUGAGUUCGCCGCGAACCUCGGACACGGAGACAAUCUGAUCGGAGCGCUCACCAAGUUGGGCGUGGACAAUCUGUCGAUGCCGAUCAAUGACUCGCUCUACUCGUGGUGCUCCCACACUCAUCCGCCGGUCGUCGAGCGAGUCGCCGCCGUCAGAGCCUUCCAGGCCAAGAAACAAUAA